CACAUCCACACACACAGAGAGCUGGUUCAGAUCCUGUCCGCUGAUCCUCCCCCCUGGGUAUCUCCUACAUCACAGCUCGUGCUCAACACUCGGACAUCUUGAAACACCACAUUAUCAACCAACGGCGGGAACUCUUGAGUGAUACCUUGAGCACCGACUGCGAGCGAGCCACCAUGGCGAUCCUCUACCAUCGCAACGACGCUCUGUCAGUGAACCCCCCGGCGGGUGACCAGUACCUCACCACCAAUGGCUCCGACUGGCUGUUUACUGUCGCGUCCAUCUAUGGCUUCUCUCUUCUCGGCCUCUAUGCGCUGAAGUUCACUGCCCGCGCCGGCGAGCGCUUCUUCCACUACCUCUUCAUCAUCGCCAACUUCGCCGGCCUGAUCGCCUACUACGCCAUGGCGUCGGACCUCGCGUGGACGCUGGUCGGCCAGGCCAACCAGAUCGACCGCAGCGGCCUGGUCCGGCAGAUCUUCUGGGCCAAGUACGUCUUCUGGGUCGUGGCCUUCCCGACCGUCGUCAUCGCCCUGGGCGUCCUGAGCGGCGUCGCGUGGGCCACCAUCGUGUACAACGUCGCGCUCUCCUGGGUCUGGGUGAUCUCGUACCUGGUCGCCGCCUACACGCCCACCAACUACAAGUGGGGCUUCUUCGCCUUCGGCCUGCUGGCCCAGUUCUUCCUCGCCUUCCAGACGCUGCAGCACGGCCGGACCAGCGCCGCCCGCGUCGGCAUCCACGGCGACUACCUCGGCCUCGCCGGCUGGGUCAACCUGCUCUGGCUGCUGUACCCCAUCGCCUGGGGCCUGACCGACGGCGGCAACUACCUCGGCGUCACCCCGGGCUUCAUCUGGUUCGGCAUCCUCGACGUCCUGCUGCUGUCCGGCGUCGGCUUCGCCAUCGUCUUCCUCUCCCGCCGCUGGGACUACGGCCGCCUCAACAUCGCCUUCACCCAGUACGGCCGCGUGCCCGCCCAGCCCGGCACCUUCCCCGAGAAGGAUGGUCCCGCCGCGGCCACGCCCGCCGCCGGCGCCCCUGCUGCUUCUGCCUAAGUCGGGACCGUCUGUUCGGAUCAAGCGGAGGAGACUGGAAUAAGGGAGGUGAUGCCCGGUUCCGCUCCUGCCGUCGCCGAAGGGCACAAAAGCCAAAACAACAAAACAAAGGGGGAGAAGGAAGCGGGGAGGACUUCUGUUGGCGCUCAUUUACGCAUGCUAUGCCGUUUUGCACUGUUUGCUUCAUGAAGAGAUACCCACACUCGCUACGGACGGGAGAUAGACUCAGGUGUUCAGGGAGGGGGGAAGGCCUGGUUAAGGGGUCGAGGAAUAAUGUCUAAUUCAUGAUCACCUCAUGAACCAGCCCAUCAUUAGCACAUAGGACUAGGACUGAAUUAUACCCCGUUGACGUUCAAACUU